GGGUGUCUUCGAGGCCUGAAAGAGUUGUUUGGGGUUGGAGGAGAGGCAUGAGCGCGCGGCAGAUCGGGCGGGAAGAGGCAAGACAGGUUUAGGGCGCGCGCGGUGGCGGUUCCUGUUUUUAUGGUCGCGCGGCCCGGGAACGGUGUUGCGCGAGGGGAGUGUGGGACGCCCAGGUCGGUGCUAGGCCCAGACGAAUGCCUGCCUCUUCACAGUCCACACUCGCGUCUCCUUUCCCACUUGACGCACCCCCUACCCCCGCGCCGGGCUGCCAGGCUGCGGGACGAGCUGCUCUUGGUGUAGUCCACACUGAAGGCUGUGGUCUUUAUCUUUAUCGGUCUGUCUCUUCUGAAGCAGGCAGCUGAAUUUGCUUUAUCCGAUUUGAAGUAUCUUUUAGUAGUAAUGGGAUUACAGCAUCAUAUGCUCCCAGAGCCAUUUAAGCAGUAGAGAUUAUAAGCACUCCACUGAACAACCAGUUACAAAUCUUGUCAUCAAAUCAUGUGCUCCUAUCCAAGUGAUAAUUGAUGCAUAACAUUUCUUUUACUUAAAAGAAAUGAGUGUAACUGGUAUUGCAUUAAGAGUUGAAACCUGGCUUUCUGCUACAUGGCAUGUUAAAGUACCUCUAAUGUGGCUGGAAGCUUGUAUUAACUGGAUCCAAGAAGAAAAUAAUAAUGUUAAAUUGAGUCAGGCACAAAUAAAUAAGCAAGUAUUUGAGCAAUGGCUCCUAACUGAUCUGAGAGAUUUGGAGCAUCCUCUUCUACCUGAUGGCAUUUUAGAAGUUCCAAAAGGAGAACUAAAUGGAUUUUAUGCUCUGCAGAUUAAUUCAUUGGUUGAUGUAAGUCAACCUGCAUAUUCCCAGAUACAAAAAUUGAGAGGAAAGAAUACAACAAAUGAUCUAGUUACAGCUGAAACACAAGUACCCGAAAAACCUUGGGAAGCAAAGGCUUCACGAAUGUUGAUGCUACAGAUAACUGAUGGAAUUAUACAAAUGCAGGGAAUGGAAUAUCGGUCUAUUCCAGCUCUUCAUAGUGAUCUUCCUCCAGGCACAAAAAUUUUGAUUUAUGGAAACAUUUCUUUCCGACUUGGUGUUCUCUUAUUGAAACCAGAAAAUGUAAAGAUAUUGGGAGGUGAAGUAGAUGCUCUUUUAGAAGAAUAUGCCCAAGAAAAAGUACUUGCAAGAUUAAUUGGGGAACCUGAUCCUUUAGUUUCAGUCAUACCAAAUAAUUCCAACCGAAGCAUCCCCAGAAAUACAGAUAUUCUAGAUCCUGCAUUAGAACCUUCUGAUGAAGAACUCUUGGCAAGUCUUGAUGAAAAUGGCGAACUUGCAGCAAAUAAUGACACCUUGGAAAGAGGACAUUUCAGCACAGGUAGUUCUUCAAAUACUAAAACCGCAAGACAGCCAAGUUUUGAACCAGGAUUUGUUAUUUCUCAAAGACCAAAUGAAGAACCACCAAAUCAAUCUGUGCAUUUCAUUGAUGGAGAAUUAGAUGACUUUUCACUGGAGGAGGUCUUACUUUUAGAAGAAACUGUCCAGAAAGAACAAUUGGAGGCUAAAGAAUUACAGCCGUUGACAUGGAACAGGAACACAGAUAAAAGUAUAGAGAGAAUUCCACAUAAAUCUAAUACUCUGAAUAGUUUUUCUUCGAUUUGUAAAAAUGGAAACAAUAAUUGGAAUGAAAAAAAUGUAUCUGAACAAAUAACUAAUAAAGACAGAUCUUUUGGUUGUCCAUCUGCUAGAGAGCAAAAUAGUAGUGUUUUUUCAGUUGAUCAUAAUAUACCCCUGCCCCAUGAUUUUACAAAUAAAGAUAAGAACUCAAAGAUAGAUAAUAAAGAAAAACAAACUGUCAGCAGUUCAGAUGGAUGUUCCUUAAAUAAUAAAAUAUUAAGUAGAGAACUGGUCAGUUAUGUACCAGAAAGGAGUUUACAAAUAUCUAAUGAAAAUGAUCACUAUUUACAGACUUGUUCUUUAAGAUCAUCAGAGAAUAACAGUAAUCCUUCUAUCACCACGGAUUUGUAUUCUCCACCCUUUAUCUAUUUGUCUGUUCUAAUGGCCAGCAAACCAAAGGAAGUUACAACAGUCAAAGUCAAAGCAUUUAUUGUAACCUUAACUGGAAAUCUCUCAAGCUCUGGUGGCAUUUGGAAUAUAACUGCAAAGAUUUCUGAUGGCACUGCAUAUCUAGAUGUAGACUUUGCAGAUGAAAUACUUACUAGUCUGAUAGGGUUUUCAGUACCAGAAAUGAAACAGUUAAAAAGGAAUCCUCUUCAAUACCAGAAGUUUCUGGAAGGUUUGCAGAAGUGCCAGAGAGAUCUAAUAGAUUUGUGCUGUUUGAUGACUAUUUCAUUUAAUCCCUCCUUGUCUAAAGCAGUGGUAUUGUCGUUACAAGAUGUUACUAUGGAACACCUUGAGAAUCUAAAGAAGCGGUUGAAUAAAUAAUUAGCUAAAAUAGCAUUAGAAAACAAAGUAACAAGGAAAUAUUUGAAUUAAGAUUAUGUAUUUUUCAAACUUAUCUUUGUAAAAAAUUAGUUUCAUCAUUUAUUUCAGUUUAAUUUUAAAAUGUUUAAUCAUGCUUGUUGUGUAUAUAAGUUUUUUAAAUAAAAAUUUUUUUAUAGUAACUGUUAGUUGAAGGAAUUUGGUGACCCUUUAUUGUUUAGAAGUUUGCUUUCGACUUGUUCUUUCACAUAAGAUGAUUACUAAAGUAUUGUGGUGUUCAGUGAUAUUGUUGAAAGUUAAUACAGGUAGUCCCUGACCUAUGACGUAUUUGAGUUAUGAUGAACCACAGUUAGGACCCUCUGUUUUUUUUUUUAGUACUACAUACAGUGUUGCAGCGUGUAAUUUGCUG